GGCAGAGAAGUAUCUUUGAGUGACUGUGAACCCAGGAAGCUCUUCCCUUCAACACAGCUUACACCUCUGGCAAAAGAAUAGAAGAAAGGGGUACCAGUGGAGGGUUUUUGACUAUGGAUCCAACCAUUCCAGCCUUGUGGACUGAAAUCACAAUAAUGAAUGGAAGUGACCAACCUCCUCCUCAAGAGUGCAGCCAGGAGAAACUUAUCAUGCGUUCGCUGACUUUCAUCAUUGCCACGGUUGGGCUGGCCGGAAAUGCGGCUGUUAUCUGGCUCCUGUACUUCUGCAUAUGCAGGAACGCCUUCUCCAUCUACGUUCUCAACCUGGCUGGGGCUGACUUCUUCUUCCUCUGCUGCCACAUUAUAGGAUCGCUGGUGACAUUUAUCAACUUCUUUCAUUCAUUCUCAAUCUCGGUCCCAGAAUUCUUAAACACUGUAAUGAUCUUUUAUUACAUUGCAGGCCUGAGCAUGCUCAGCUCCAUUAGCACUGAACGUUGUCUUUCCGUCUUGUGCCCCGUCUGGUAUCGCUACCAUCGACCGAGACACAUGUCAACUAUCACGUGUGCUCUACUCUGGGCCCUGUCCCUGCUGCUGAGCAUCCUGGAAGGGGACUAUUGUGGUUUUUUGUUGAGGGAUUCUGACAAUGCUAGGUGUCAGGCGUUUGAUUUCAUCAUUGCUGCAUGGUUGAUUAUCUUAGUUGUGAUUCUCCUUUUUUCCAGUCUAGUGCUAUUAGUCAGAAUCCUCUGUAGCUCCAGGCAAAUGCUGCUGACGAGGCUCUACGUGACCAUCCUGCUCACUGCCCUGGUUUUCUUCCUCCUGGCAGUGCCCUUGGGUAUUUACUGGUUCCUACUAUUUUGGUUUCAUAAUGAUAUUAGUCCGUUACCUUGUAGUUUUUUCCUGAUGGCACUUGCCAUGUCCUGUGUUAACAGCUCUGCCAACCCCAUCAUUUACUUUUUUGUUGGCUCCUUUAGGCAGCGGCAGAAGCAGACCCUCAAGCUGGUUCUCCAGCGGGCCCUGCAGGACUCCUACAGCUGUCCUCAGCAAUCCCUGGAGAUGUCAGAAGUAACAUCGUGUAGCCACUGAGAGCCUCUGCUUUAGUUCAAGAGAGGUGACUUUAAGAGGCCCUUUUUCAUAAUCUCUUCCUGUGUCAGGACCCUGAUCCUCAAAUGAUUAAGAUAAUCAUCAUCCUUGUGAGGACUGAGACAGGGUCUGUCACAUGAAGACUGUUACAGUGUUUUGGGAACUCACUCUGGGGCAACACCACAUCCCCAUAUGAGUUUUUCAGUUCUGGGGUCCAGGACUGUUCCCACUUUUGAGGAGUCCCUCCUUCAGCAAAAGGCUGAAAGUGAUCCAAGAAAUGUCUCAAUUUCCUCGGUCACUGCACCUGACAGAGACUAAAUGAAAGUUAUGUUUUUGGUAAGUUUCUUUUCCUGGUCCCUACAGUUUAUGUUUCAUUAAAACUGGAAGAAUUAAGUUUCAGUCUAGCCUACAAAAGAGCCACGUUCUUUAAUCUUGGCAGGCAUGUUAGGUUUUCAAAUUAAAGGAGGAGAAGGAAAACAAAGGUGGGGAUGGAUAUUCUAUAAAUCCGAGGA